AACUCAAACUGGGCACCAGAGCAGGCUCCCUGCGGCUGGAAUCCGCGUCUUUACUCCUUCAAGCAUCCAACUCUUUAUGAAGACCAUCCGCUGUGGGGAACCUGCGAAAUGUAAGGAUUAGAUGAACUACAGAGUCCUCUGGUAUGGAUUGUGACACGCAGAAGUUCUCUCUGCGCAUGCGCGCCAGCACGUCUCCUCCCUCUACCUGAGAGGGGCGCACCUGGAUCCAACGAGACGGAAGUUUUGUGGAGGCAGCACAGAACAAAUUGUUUUUGUCUCCGCGAAAAGUUUCUUUGGAGUUCUAAGCAACUGAUUGAGGAUCUCCAAUCGAAGCAGGAUGUCAUUCGUUGACAUUUUAAAGAACAAUUUAGGGUGUUUCUAACCUAACUGUUCCGCGUCUAAUGCGGAAUGCCAGUCCAAAGCCAGCCUGCUCUCUAUUCAAGAAGAAUGAUAGCUCUCCGCAGAGUGCUCCGAAGGCGAUUGCACCCAGUUAAACUGGCUAUAGUGGCCCUUGUCUUUGUCACAUUUGUGUUCUUCAUACAAUGGGAAGUUGGGAGCCAAAACCAACAGGAGGACCCGUGGCUGAAGGAGAUGGCAGUGAAGCGGGAUGCCAUGCUGGGCAUGGUGAUGGGAGCUGUUAAUAACUUCAGGGAUGUGAUUCCAAAGAUGCAGAUCAGAGCCCCUGUACGUCUGCCAGACAGGGCAGACAGUGGGUCCUGUCUGCCGGGUCACUACACUGCCGCUGAGCUCAGGCCAGCUCUGGAGCGGCCACCUCAGAACCCUGUUGCUCCUGGAGCAGCUGGGAAAGCUUUCCACACAGAAUCACUGAGCACUGAGGAGCAGAAGGAGAAGGAGAGGGGUGAAGAGAAACACUGCUUUAACCUGUAUGCCAGUGACCGCAUCUCCUUGAGCAGAGACCUGGGCGCAGACACCAGACCACCAGAAUGUAUUGAGCAAACCUUCAAGCGAUGCCCCGCCUUGCCGACCACCAGUGUGAUAAUUGUGUUUCACAAUGAGGCUUGGAGCACCCUGCUAAGGACAGUAUACAGUGUCCUCCACACCUCCCCUGGCAUUCUCCUCAAGGAGAUCAUCCUGGUGGACGACGCCAGCGUUGAUGAAGCGUUGAAGGACAAGCUGGAUGAGUAUUUGAAGCGGCUGAGCAUUGUUCGAGUUGUCCGCCAGCGUGAAAGGAAAGGACUCAUCACCGCUCGGCUGCUGGGUGCCUCCGUGGCCACCGGUGACACACUCACCUUUCUGGAUGCUCACUGUGAAUGCUUCAAUGGAUGGCUGGAGCCCCUGUUGGCCAGGAUAGCAGAGAACUACACUGCAGUAGUGAGUCCUGAUAUAACCACUAUUGAUCUCAAUACCUUUGAGUUUGUGAAACCGUCCCCGUAUGGCCAGAACCACAACCGAGGAAAUUUUGACUGGAGCCUUUCCUUCGGCUGGGAGAGUCUACCAGAUCAUGAGAAACAAAGGAGGAAGGAUGAAACCUACCCGAUCAAGACUCCCACAUUUGCUGGUGGGCUUUUCUCUAUCUCAAAAGAAUAUUUCUACCAUAUUGGAAGCUAUGAUGAAAAAAUGGAAAUCUGGGGCGGUGAGAAUAUUGAAAUGUCAUUUAGGGUGUGGCAGUGUGGCGGACAGCUGGAGAUAAUCCCUUGCUCCAUUGUUGGUCAUGUUUUCCGCACCAAGAGCCCCCACACCUUUCCCAAGGGCACACAAGUGAUUGCUCGUAACCAGGUUCGACUGGCGGAGGUCUGGAUGGACGACUACAAGGAGAUCUUUUACCGCCGUAACCAGCAAGCUGCACAGAUGGCAAAAGAUAGGGCCUUUGGAGAGAUCUCCGAACGCAUGGACCUCCGUGCGCGGCUGCAGUGCAAGAGCUUCUCGUGGUAUUUGAAGAACGUUUAUCCAGAAGUCUUCAUGCCUGAUCUCAACCCACUCCACUUUGGCUCAGUGAAAAAUGUCGGCAAAGACUCAUGUCUGGAUGUUGGAGAGAACAAUGAGGGUGGGAAACAGCUGAUCAUGUACCCAUGUCAUGGACUAGGGGGAAACCAGUAUUUUGAGUUCUCCACACAUCACGAGAUUAGACACAACAUUCAGAAGGAGCUGUGUUUGCACGGGGCAGAGGGGACUGUGAAGCUGGAGGACUGCCAGUAUAAAGGCAGGAACACAUUUGUAGCAGCAGAGCAAAAAUGGGAACUGAAGGAUAACCAGUUAUUCUACAUUCCAGGAUGGAAUAUGUGUCUGAGUGCCCGUCAUGAGCAUCCCUCUCUGGCCCUCUGCAACCCCUCGGACAUGUACCAGCUCUGGUCCUUCGUCUGAGUCUGCAAAGUGCCACUUUGCAGAAUAGCCACUCUGUAUGCAUAGACGUACUAGGACAUGAGUGUACUAUACUGUAUGCAGUUAACUUGCAGUCUUUUUUAGAUUUAUGACAUUGAGUUUUAAUUUAUUUUUAUACGUAGAAAAACUGAACUGCUGCUGCUGGGAAGUUUGGACUUUGGGGAGAAACCCCAGUGUGCCACUGCUGGAAAGGAAGCAUUGAAACAAUGAUCCCAAUCAGACUGUGAACUGAGAUUCUUGAAACAAUUAAGAUGCACUGUGCUGACAAGUGCCUCUUUUGUGUUUGAGAUGUAUUCACUAGUCCAAGUCAUUGCAACCAACGCGUGCAGAAUGAGGUAUAUGAAGCCAACACUGAACAUUUUCCUGUGAGACCCAUGAAUCUAAAACAAAAUCAUACAGAAAGACACAGUAGAUGGGGUUAAAGUUGGACACACAAAAAUACCAUAUGUUAUGCACCAAAGAGAUUGGAAGUGAAAACCUGAAACACACAUAACUGUAUGAUGUGCAUUGCCCCCCUUUUUAAAAUAACUUUUUUUUUUAAUAAUACAAAACCUUUUAUUUGCUACCAUCCAGUGCCUUAGAUGUAAUUUUAUACUGGGUGAGUUGAGUGGUGGAGGGAUGGCUAGUGGUGUGGUGGGGUUGUUGCAGGAUGCAGAACGAUGGCUUCUACAGUGUUGUGAUCAAAAUGGUCUUCAGAUCAGGAUGGGAGUUCAUACACUUUAAUUCAAUUAUUUCCAGCUAACUAUGAGACCAGAAAACAUUUGCAAGGCAAAGAUUUUAUAAUUUCUUUACAGUUGACAGUUUAUUAGGUAUAGCUAAAAUGAAUGCAGUCUAAUACAACAACCCUGCAAUAAAUCCUCCCUUAACUAACAUUAUAAUGUGGUGCUGUUAAAUUAUGUUGCACCAUGCUUAGGUGUUUCUAAUAUUAUGUCAAACGAUUUUAUAACCAUUCUCCUCUUUUUAAUUGCGGCAGGGUUUAUCUGUAAUAUUUCCAUUUUUUUUAUACUUUGGUGUUUAUCAAAAGGGAAUUUUUAACAUGAAAUGAAUGCACCGAAGGAAUUCUAAUUGUUGAUCAAAUGUCUGAAACGCUACAUCUAAACUGGAGUCCACUAAUGAAUCUCUGGUGCAGGCACUAGUGUUUAGAUGGCUGUGGAAUAUUGUAAAUAACUUUAAGUUUCAGACUGGGUAAGAAACAACUGCAAUGUGUGUUUGUAAACUGUCUAUUUUUGCCUUGGUAGUAAGAAGAGGUCUUAUUUUUAGGUUAAUAAAUUCAGUUGGGUAGCACUGA